AUGCCCUCCUACGCCAUCACCGGCGCCUCCAAAGGCAUCGGCCGCGAAUUCGUCCGCCAGCUCGCCCAGCAGUCCCCCUCCAACACCGUCCUCGCCCUCGUCCGCAACCCCUCCCCGUCCUCCAUCCCAGCCCUCCACGCCCUCGCCCAGGCGCACCCCAACAUCCGCAUCCUCAAGGCCGACGCCACCGACCCGGCCUCGAUCCAGGCCGCCGCAAAGGAAGCCUCCGACAUCCUCGGCGGCAAGCUCGACGUCCUCAUCCACAACUCAAACUCCGUCAACCUCGAGACCAUGGGGCUCCCGCCCACGGCCGUCCCCUUUGACGUCGACGCCGCCAGGGAGUUCUACGAGCAGCCCUUUCGGACGGCCGUUUGGGGCGGCGCCUGGGCGACCAACGCCUUCUUGCCGCUCAUUGAAAAGGGGGAGCAGAAGAAGGUUGUCCACAUCACGAGCACCAUGGCCAACACCGAUCUCAUCCUCGGCGCGGGCGUCGCUUACGCCGUGGCCUACUCCAUCGCAAAGGCCGGCAUGAAUGUCCAGGUCGCAAAGUACGCGGUUGAGCUCGAGCCCAAGGGCAUCAAGACGGUCGCUCUGUGCCCCGGCUGGGUCGAUACUUGGGAGGGCCCCAAGCCGCCUCAGCUCGUCGAGGCGGAAGAGCAGAUGCUUGUCCAAUUCCGCAAGGCUGACUCUGGCGUCAAGGGCCAAAUCACCCCCGAGGAAAGUGUCUCGCAGAUGCUCACGGUCAUUAAUGCCCUCGACGCUUCCAUGAGUGGCACCGUUAUCAGGGCCCGGGAAUUUAAGGCCUGA